AACCCCAUCUCACUGCCUAACAUACAAACCGGUCCGGGUACACGAUGAAAUAAGACGGACCAUCCUGCUCACAAUUGACACUUGUGUCGUUAUUUUUCUUGAAAAACGAUUAACUGGCAAACAACAUAAUAACACGAUAAAGAAACACGGUGUUGUUAAUCCAGCGUAGGUUCCAAUUUUAUUCGUCACAGAGUGAGGUUUCUUAUCGUUGUUCGCUAACAGUCACCUGUACAACAUUAGCCGAGCGGAAAAGAAAACAAACUGAGCUAAACGCGCUGCGUCAUGGCUGCAAACCCUCCAGGACAAGCUUUUCCUAACAAAGCACGUGUUGCAAUCCUGGCGGAGCUGGAGAAGGAACGGAGGAGGCUUCUGCAGAAUCCGUCUCUGAACACACCUGGAGCCAGGCUGGGUCUGAAGGAUUUCAGGGACAACGCAGAACAGCAGCACAUCGCAGCUCAGCAGAAAGCCGCCCUGCAGGUGACAAACACACACAGAAAUGAGGCACGCGCAAACACACUCCUCAGGCUUCUUCAUCACUCAGGACUCGUCCUUUGGAAACCUCAUCCUCCCUGUUCUCCCACGCCUGGAACCUGAAUCAUGACUUUUUUAUUUAAAUUAUUAGGAUUAUAAUUCCCCCCCCCCCUCCAUCUUCCUCCACGUUGCCUGGAAGAAAAAUCUCUCCAUCUCUCACCGUUUCCCCUUUUUAAAUCAAAUGCUGUCAAAUCAUGUUGUAAAUAAUCUCAGGGGAAAACAACUCCAUCACUUUUACAUUUUUUCCAAACUAAAAAGCUGCAGAGAAGCAGAUAAAUCAUGUUCACUCAUCCAACGAUGGAGGAAAGAUCGUCCUGCUGUGUUGCCAUAUCACAUUUCCCUCAACUAAAUAAAACGAUCAUGAGGUUUUUA